CCCAUUCAAUGCUCGCCCACGCAUACAAAUCCAAAAUUUAGCCCAUACGCGUCGAAGCUCGACUUUUCGACUAUUACAGUCGGAACGACAGCGUGUUCCACCGCUUAAACCCUCAAGCCUUGCUUAGCUACAAGUUCCUGGAAACCAAAUUACAGACGCAGAGAGAGAGAGAGAGAGAGAGAGAAAGCGAGAGAUGGACAGAGUGAGGAUAGAAGAGGUUCAGUCCACUACAAAGAAGCAGCGCAUCGCCACUCACACUCACAUCAAAGGUCUUGGCCUUGAGGCCAAUGGAAGAGCAUUACCUUUGGCUGCCGGCUUUGUGGGCCAGGCAGAUGCAAGGGAAGCAUCUGGUCUUGUAGUUGAUAUGAUUCGGCAGAAGAAGAUGGCUGGCCGGGCACUUCUAAUGGCUGGACCUCCUGGUACUGGAAAGACAGCCCUUGCUCUUGGGAUAGCCCAGGAGCUUGGGAGCAAGGUUCCAUUCUGCCCAAUGGUUGGAUCAGAAGUAUACUCAUCAGAAGUAAAGAAAACGGAGGUUUUGAUGGAAAAUUUUCGUCGGGCCAUAGGUCUACGUAUCAAGGAAAAUAAAGAAGUCUAUGAAGGAGAGGUGACUGAACUCUCCCCAGAAGAAACUGAGAGUGUGACAGGUGGCUAUGGUAAAAGCAUUAGCCAUGUGAUCAUUGGAUUAAAAACUGUGAAAGGAACCAAACAACUGAAGUUGGAUCCGACUAUCUAUGAUGCCUUGAUAAAGGAAAAGGUAGCUGUUGGUGACGUCAUCUAUAUUGAAGCAAAUAGUGGAGCAGUAAAGAGGGUGGGCAGAAGUGAUGCUUUUGCAACAGAAUUUGACCUUGAAGCAGAAGAGUAUGUUCCACUUCCAAAAGGAGAGGUUCACAAAAAGAAGGAGAUAGUUCAGGAUGUAACACUACACGAUCUAGACGCUGCAAAUGCUCGGCCUCAAGGUGGGCAAGAUAUACUGUCUCUAAUGGGUCAGAUGAUGAAACCUAGGAAAACAGAAAUAACUGACAAGUUACGACAGGAAAUCAACAAGGUUGUUAACCGGUAUAUUGAUGAAGGUGUAGCCGAGCUUGUCCCUGGAGUUCUGUUUAUUGAUGAGGUAAAUAUGCUGGAUAUGGAAUGCUUUUCAUACUUGAAUCGUGCAUUAGAGAGCUCCCUAUCUCCAAUAGUAAUCUUUGCUACAAAUAGAGGGAUAUGCAACGUAAGAGGCACUGAUAUGAUGAGUCCUCAUGGCAUACCUGUUGACUUGUUGGACCGGUUGGUGAUUAUCCGAACGCAAACUUAUGAUGUUGCUGAUACGAUAAAGAUUAUAGCUCUCCGUGCAAGCGUGGAAGACCUAGUUAUAGAUGAUGAAAGUUUGGCUUACCUUGGGGACAUUGGACAACGAGCAUCCUUAAGGCAUGCAGUUCAGCUGUUAUCGCCCGCCAGUAUUGUGGCAAAAAUGAACGGCCGAGACAAAAUCUGCAAGGGGGAUAUCGAGGAAGUGAGUGCAUUAUAUCUAGAUGCUAAGUCUUCAGCAAGGCUUCUUCAGGAGCAGCAGGAAAAAUAUAUUACAUGAUAAUUAUAAACAAUUUCCCUGGAUGUCAAAGGUCGUAUGAAUCUUGAAGUAGCAUUUAUGUUGGACCAGCUUCUCUAUCAUCGAUUUUGCAUGAGCAGGAAGGAAGGUUUGGUCAAAGAAUGUGGCUUUACUUGGUUGAUGGCUAAUUUGUAAUUUUCACCUGCAUGGUAAUUUUUGCUACUCCUGGUCCUGGUGAAUUUGAAUUGCGAUUGUGAGUUAGGAUAUCAUAGUCAGGAUGUAAGACUCUUCCUUUAAUUAAUGGAUAUAUUUUUUUUUGAUAAGAAA